CCUGAUUUGACGCUGCCCCAAAGCCCCAGAAAUUUGGUUACCAAGGCAGAGCAUAUGAAAAUACCGGAAGACGAACGCAAAUGGCGGGAUUUAAUUCAAACGAGCACAAAAGCACAAGCAGGAACUCUUCCUUUUUCUUCUUCCUUUUCAUUCUUCGAUGCCGGCGACAUGUACGGCCCUGUCUGUACUGUGGAAGCUGCAGCAAAAGUUAGGUGCCCUUCACAACAUCCAGCCCGCCAGUUCCUUUCGAAAAGCCAAGCACAAAAAAAUCACCUACUUAACGCCAUUAUUCUCCCUCGCUCCUUAGAAUCUCGCUUCAUCUGCAACCUUCGAACCGCCAGUAUUCUCCCCCCAUCUUUCAAAUUCCAUAGCUCUUGCAGCUCUUCUGAGGACAGAGAUGAAAUGGGGAAGGAAGCAAGAAGCCAAGCAGCAGCAAGAAGAGAAGGAGAAGCAGCAUUCCACUUCCACUUUUUCCAUCUCCAACAUCCUUCCACUUUGUUGGUUUUCGAAGCUAAGGAAUUUGAGUUCCAAACCCAAGGCCACGCCCUCCAAACCCAUGCGAAAUGCGGCCGGACCCGUCUCCUUUCCGCCGCCGCCGCCUUCUCCUCGCCACCGCUCCGCCUCCGACCAUCUCUCCUUUUCCCCCGCUGUCCUUGACCGCCUCGUCGCCCGAUUCCCCGCCUCCUUCCGCGACGCCGGGGACGCCCCCCGCCGGCGAUCCAUCGGAGAGGAUGACAGCCUCCUCGCCCGGGACAGGACGAGUCACCGGCGAGUAAUCGCCCGAUCCAACCGACAUAACUCGGUAGGCGAUCUCGACUUCAGGCCGCCGCCGCCCUACUCGUUCAGCGACCGCCGACCGAACUUCGAACUCGCCCAGUCGCAGCCGCUGGGCCAUCUGAUCCCCUUCUCGACGAGGUCGUCCCGGCGACGGCCCCGCAAUCUCGAGCCCGCCUCGGAGAGCGAGAAGUCCGAAAGCGAUCCCUCUCGGCUGCGCCAUCGCCGGUUGCGGCGGCGAAAGCGGAGGAGCAAGGCAGGAAGAGAAGGCGGCGGGGCUUCGGAGGAAGCGGAGGGGCUUCCGGCGCGGAGAACGAAGCCUCCUCCGGCCACCGAUCCCGAUAGGACGGAGGAGAAUCGCGGGGGCGGAGAGGCGCGGAAGUCCAUCAGCGGGAGGAUUCGGCCCAAGGUUAGGGUUUGUUCCCCGCGGCCGUCGGUGGCAUCGCGGGCAGAGAUGGGAAGGGCAAAGGCGCGGAGGAGAGCGGAGGCGGAGGAGAAGAAGGGGUUGGAGAGCUUCGCGGUGGUGAAGUGUUCGUGUGAUCCGCAGAAGGAUUUCAGGGAAUCGAUGGUGGAGAUGAUAUGGGAGAAGGGAAUCGGACGGCCGGAGGAGCUCGAGAGCUUGCUGGCGUGCUACCUGUCCCUCAACUCGGACGAGCACCAUGACGUUAUCGUAAAAGUUUUCCGGCAGGUCUGGUUCGACCUCAACCCGGAACGGUUCAGCUCCCGCCGCUUCAAUGAUUAAACCGCCGCUUGUUGGUCCAACCAGCGCAUGUUUUGUACCACCGGCUCGUUUAUUUUCUUGAUCUACUUUAGUUUCUCUAUUUACGAUAAGAAAGAAAGGCGGUAUGGUGUCUUGCUUUCAGUAAGGGAGCGGACUCAACGUUAAUAUAAAGGUUCUUGGGAGACAACAAGUACCAUCCUUUUAUUUUUUAAUCUUUUUUCGGGGCUUAUAAUGUUGCUAGCUAUUCGCAUGCUCUGUGGGUGAACCUUGACAAAAAGGCUUGCAUCCUGUGACCACAGCGUGCUUUGAAUUUCCUCAUAAAAAAUAUAGUGCAUCUCAUGGACUUUUGUCAUGUAACUUAGCAUAUUCCCAUCUUAGAAUUAAUCCAACUCAUCUAAAG